AUGCAGGCCGGCUUGCCGAGCUGGGUGCACGGCGGCGACUUUCGAGGGAUCAUCCAACGGCUCGACUACAUCGCCUCGCUCGGUGUCGAGGUCGUCUUCAUCUCUCCUCCGUUUUCGCAUAACGGCGGUUACCAUGGCUACUGCGUGGCAGAUUUCACGCGACCAGACGUAAACUUUGGCAGCAUGGAUGACUUUCGCGAGCUCGUGCAUGAGGUGCAUGCGCGGGGAAUGUGGCUCGUGUUCGACGUCGUCAUCAACCACAUG